UCUCCCCCGUCAGAUGCUCUCGACGACAUCAGGACUAGGGUUGUUAUAGUUACUGUUGUCUGCCUUUUUAUUGCAAUGGCCAGUGCUGCUUUGCGCCUUUAUGUCCGGGUAGCUAUAGUCAAGAAAGUCGGGUAUGAUGACUGGGCUGCGGCAAUAACUUCUGUCUUGCUUCUCGGGUCCGGCAUCACGGCGGCUUUAGCUACUAGGUAUGGCCUUGGUCGACACAUACAUGACCUCGACAGAGAGGGUAUUAAGACGUGGUGGAAGAUCAUUAUCUUUGCGAUAGUCACGUAUCAGCUCGCCAUUGCCACGGCCAAGGUAGCAUUUCUCUUGCAAUACAGGCGCUGCUUCCCAUUGCCUACGUUACAGAGGGUAUGCGAUAUCCUCCUUUCAUUCGUGUCCCUCUGGGGACUCGCAUCUGCACUCACCGUUAUAUUCACUUGCAUCCCGGUCUCCCUCGACUGGGCUAGACUGCCGCCUCUUCAAUGCAUGGACAGGCUUGUCUUUUGGUUUCUUAACGCAACUAUCAACAUCGUUACAGAUAUCAUCAUCUAUUGCUUGCCUUUUCCACUCCUGAAAACGUUACCCGUCCAGAAGUUUCAGAAGAUGGCAUUGAUUUCCCUCUUCUCUAUGGGCUUCUUUACCUGUGCCAUCUCCGUCAUCCGGAUCUUCACAUUGCGUAAGUCCACAACGAACUCAGAUCCUACCUGGAACACGGCUAUGCCGGCUAUCUGGUCAGUAGUCGAGUUGUCCUGUGCUGUCGUCUGUCUAUGUGUGCCGACCUUGCGUCCCUUGAUA